AUGGGCGCAGGACCAUCCAAGGCUGCUCGUACAGCCACCCGCAAAUACCCAACAACGGCUUCAAAAGCGGCGGUGACUCGUCCCGCUGUCAGUCGCCCACAGCCAGCUCCCUCUGCUGCUGCUGGUGGCCCCAAGGAAGACACACCCCCCAAAGAGAUCGACCCCGACGCCGCCCCGGGCGACUUCUCCGCACGAUUACACCAGAUGGGCGUGGUACAGCCCAACCCGACCUUCUCGCCCUCCUCUCGAGCCGCGCGCAAACAUGGACCGCCGCCGCCGCCGCGCCCCCUCGAGCCCAACGGGCCUACCGCCCCGCUGGCUCCCCGGUUCGCGCCCUCGACCAGUAACACCACGCUCUCCGCGCUCGACGCGAGGCGGCGGCUGCAGGAGCUGGCCGACGCCGAGCUGGACCCCACGCGGCGGAGCGGCCUCCAGGGCAGGCGGUUCGUCGACAUGCGCACCCUGAUUGAUGCGAUCCGGAUGCGCGACUCUGGGCUCCCGCUGGCUGGCAUUGAGGAGCGGCUGGGGCUGGAACCUGGCUUGCUGGGCAAGCUUAACGGGCCGGAGGUUCUGUCGCACGUAUCGGGGCCUAAGUAG